GCGGUGACCUCUUUUCGCGCGCGCGCGUGUUUCUGCGCGGGCGGGCGCCUGCUCAGCGCCUCUCGGCGCGCUCGGGAGGCGGGAGCUGGGAGCGGGGCCGGGCGGUCCCGCGGGGGCGGCCGCCGAAGGAGGAGAGCGGAGCAGGCCCGGGGCCGGCGCAGGAUGGCAGCCAGCGACCCGCGGAGCGCGCAGGAACUCUCGCAGUUUGCAGAAAACCUACUACAGCAACUGCAGGAGAACUUUCAAGCUUUGACUGAAAAGUUAACUCUGAGAAUGGAAGAAAUGGGAGAACGUAUUGAUGACCUUGAAAAGCAUGUUACUGACCUAAUGGCACAGGCCGGGAUAGAAAAUACCAAUGAGGAUCUGAUGCACUGAAAAUGAGAACAUACUGAUCAAGAAAUACAGACUGAUUCUGUAUUACAUUCUAUUGAGAAAGAGGAAGAAUGUCAUUUACAAACAAGAUGUGUAUUUCUACAAAAUUCAAGUGAGAAGGACUUCAAAGGGUAAAUUUUUUAGUCUUGCACCAUGACUGACAACAAGAAUAUCUAUUAAUAUUUCAGCAAUCACAAAGAAUAGCUCCAGUGAAAGAAAAGUAUAUAAUCAAAUUAUGUCAUGCAAGAUAUGAAGUCUCCAUUUUUUAUUACUGAUCCAAUACAGGAAAGAUGAGUUAUGACCAGACUAAUGAUACAUUUUACUUAAGAUUGCCACAGAAGAAACACUAUCUUAUCAAGAGAUAACACUAAAUUUAUGUACAAUAUUUAUUGAAAAAAUCAAAAUAUUCUGUAAUGAAUCUGCUCAGCCAUGUAAUUUUUGAAAUAAAGAUUAAAUAAAAAGCUAUUCAUUUUCAAAAU